UCUUGGUCAUUCUUCAGGGCCACUUGCUUCUAUCUUCAGGUGGUGUGCACCAUUUUUAGCCCAAAAUCCACAGAAAACAAAACAAGAUUAUUUUAUUUUGUUUAUAAAAAAAGAAAAUACAUAUUCCCGUCAUUACAAAAAAUCAAUACUUUAAAGUCAGAUAAUGCGUUUUGUUCCAUUGAUUUGGUAUUCAAAACCCUAAUCACCAUUCUUUUUAUCAUUUUUAAGUUUAGCUGAACUGGGACAUGGUGCAUCUAGCUACUGAAUUCUCCAUAUGUGCGAGCUUGAUCAUUGUUGUUUGUACCCUUGUUUGUUUGGCCGAAUGUGGAAAAUGUCCUCAGGAUGGAGUGCGCAAACCUUUCUCUUAUGGUGCCUUUCACUCUGUGAGGGUUGAUUAUAAUGGUUUGCAAAAUAGUUACUCGAGCCAUCUUAGUUCGGACUAUGAGUCAAGACAUGAAAAGGCAGAUCCUUUCAACAACAAUGCUCCUCUUACGUCUGAAUUGGUUCAUUUUCCUUCUGUGUUUUAUGGUUUUCAGUCAGAAGAACAGUGCUCCAGUGCAGGGAACUUAAAUUUACAUAGGAGUGAUUUGGGAGGUGCUUUACCCAAACAAUUAGUAGAACUAGAUGGUAACGUUAGUUGGUCAUCAGAUGAUUUUCUGUUUGGUUUACCUGAUGAACAGACUGUUACAUGUUCAUUGAACUUCAGAAAGUUUGAUGAUGAGGAUUUAUCUCCUAGUGUGAAUAUUGCUCAGCAGGUAUUUCUUUCUUCUUGUAGAGGGCACUUAUCUUCAAUUAAAGAAACAAGUUUUAGUUAUCAGAAUAUAGUGAUGCAUAUGGCCCCUUCUUCAGAUUCCUCAUCUCCUUGUUUGGAUAUACGCCCCGGUAAACUAAAUUGGGAACUGAACUAUUUAUAUCAUUCCUCUGUAGCUUCCUUGAGGUUAGAAUAUACCUGCAAUGAAAGUGUUUUGAUGGUUUAUGACCUUUUUAGCACUGACUCACAGUUCUAUCCAUUGAAUUUUGGUGAGAUAGUAUUAGACCCCGGUGAAGUUACCACCUUAUUCAUUGCUUACUUACCGAAUAGGUUGGGUUUGUCUUCAGCUCAGUUGGUUUUGCAGACAAGUGUGGGUGGUUUCUUGAUAGAAGCCAAGGGUUUUUCUGUUGAAUCUCCUCAUAGGCUGAGUCCAUUGUUGGGUUUGGAUUCUGCAUCUGAUGGGUGGCUGAGUAGGGAUUUAUCCUUAUCUAAUCCUUACGAUGAAGUCAUUGUCCUGGAGGAAGUUUCGGCAUUGAUUUCAAUCUUUGCGAGUAGUGUUUCUUUAGCAAUAGAGUCGAUCUGUAGGAAACAGAAACCUAAUGAUUCUAACAAGCAUGGAUUUUCAAACGUUGAUAGGAAACUAUCGGAAAUUAUGAAUGUGGCUGUGAGGCCUCUUGGAAGCUGGUUAAUUAGUCCUCAAAAAACUCAAAAGAUUUUCGAAAUGACCUUCUCUCCUGAUUCAAAUGAUAAGGUAAAUGGGAAAAUUUGUAUGGAGUUGUUCCGAGAGUCAGAUGGAAAGAAGGAUAUCUUGGUGAUCCCUUUUGAAGCAGAACACAAUAAGUCAGCAAUUUGGAAAGGCACCACCUCUCGACUUUCAGUAUACCUCGACACUGUUGGUUCUUGUGAGGCUAGGGAAACCACUAUUUCUGUGUCGAUAAGAAACCGGGCAUCAGAUUUAGUGAAAAUUGUUAAAAUUGAUGAAAUUACUGAUGGCGAAAAGCUUCUGCAGAUAAAAUACCUUGAAGGACUCUUGCUUUUUCCUGGCACUAUCACGCAAUCAGCACUGGUGACAUAUGAAACCUCAAACGUCAAGUGUAAAUCCUUCGUUGAGAUGCCUGAUGUAAGCAAAAACUGUAGGCUAGAACUACUGGUAAAUGACUCGAUCAACCCUCUCCUUGAAAUUCCUUGCCGAGAUAUUUUUGGUAUUUGUCCUAGUCAUAAGCGGGAGUCCGUAGCUCGUACGCUUGACAUUGUCGAUCCUAGCAAUGGAACAGGAUGUAUGACCAGCACUGAACAGUCCUUAACAGUAACCAAGGCACUGGGUGGUGUAGAGGCAGAUGAUUUUGUUCAUGAAGGGCGGAAAGCUCUGAGCACCAAGAGCGGACUUUAUCUCCUUCACAACCAUGAACUUCUUUUCCCACUGGUUCCAAUUGGGAAUUAUUAUGCAAAAUCUGUAAUUGUUAGAAAUCCCAGCCAACAACCUGUCAUUGUGCAACUUAUUCUACACUCCGGGGAAGAUAUUGAUAAUUGCGAAACAUAUUAUGGCGGUCAUCAACAGUCUUUUUCUCCAAGUAGUUCGUGCUGUACCGAUACUACCAGAGUGGGUAGGUAUGGGUUUUCACUUGCAGAUAUUACAGUCACUGAGGCCUUUUUACAUCCACAUGGAACAGCGUCAUUGGGUCCAAUCUUAUUUCAUCCAUCUAAUAGAUGUGAAUGGAAGAGUUCAGCUUUCAUAAGGAGCAAUCUUUCGGGUAUUGAGUUGUUAUCUCUUCGUGGAUUUGGUGGCUCCUUAUCGCUAGUCAUUCUUGAAGGUUCGGUGCCUAUGCAGAGAUUGAAUUUCAAUAUGAACCUGCCUUUUCCUCUAAAUACAUCCUAUAUCGAGGAUUUAAGUUCUUGGUGUCGCAAGCCAUUAUUAAAGAAGCUAGUUGCUGUAAAUACUGGUGAUUUUCAUUUGAAAAUCGAGAGAAUAGAUAUAUCAGGAAAAGAAUGCGGGUCGGAUGGUUUUAUCGUACAUAAUUGUGGGGGGUUUUCCCUGGAGCCUGGUGAAUCUAUGGAGCUUGAGCUGUCAUACCAGUCAGAUUUCUCCACGCCGUUACUCCAAAGGGAGCUCGAAUUGAUUUUGGCUUUUGGAAUACUAAUAAUACCAAUGCGAGCAACUCUUCCUGUUCAUAUGCUUAAUUUGUGUAGAAAUUCCAUCUUUUGGUCACAAGUAAAGGGUUAUAGUUUGGCCUUUGUUCUUCCUGUUCUCAUAAUCUGUCUCCUCUUUUGGUUCAUCAUGCUCUCUGGUUCCAUGAACAAUGAAAGUUGUCAGAAGAAUGAAGAGGCCAUUAUUCCAUGUAAGUCCGGCCAUAUAGAACCGGGGAUCAUUUCAGAACAUACAGAUCAAUCAGUGGACUGGUGUAACGAAAUUAGCCCUUCAUCGAAUGGGGUGAAAAAGAGUGAUUUUUCACCUGGUUUCCCUUUAAAGUCUGAUUCUGUUGAUAGUUCUGCCAAAUGCGAGGCAGCAGAACAACCUGUUCAUUUGACAGUUAAAACUCGUAAAGAAAAGAAAAGGCGUUCAAGAAGGAAAAACACUCUUUUCGAAGUUUCGAGCAGCCAAAGUGGGAAUUCUACACCAACAUCACCACUCUCCCCUAUCACAACAUUGUCUCCUCCCGAAAUAUGUUCUCCGUCUCGUGAUAAGUUGCAACCUAAUGAUUCCUUCAGCCCUGAAACAGUAGCUUCAACAACAGUUCCUGAAAAUCAGAAUCGGGAAUCUAAUGUUACGUCUAGGAUUGCGGGAAGUCGAGCUAUGCUUUCACCAUCUGCUACAUUUCCUGGGACGCGUAAUGCCCCAUCCAGAUUGGCAAUUUCCCUACUUGCUCGUGCUCCUGGACCAAGAAUCGAUUCACCGAAAGCAGUACAACCCGAGAAAAACAGUAGGGCAGAGGAUGAUAGGUUUACUUAUGAUAUUUGGGGUAACCAUUUUUCAGGAGUUCAUCUUUGUAUGCCAAAUAGUUCAUAUAACAUAAGUUCUGGAAAUGUAAGUUAUUCUAGUAGUUUCUUUAUUCGAAAUCCGCGAGAAACUCUCAUGGAAAACUCUCAACCUCCAUAUGUAAGUAACUUUGGUGAUGAUGGGUAAUAAUAUAUCAGAAAAAUAAAUUAAAUA